GAAGAUAUUUCCGCCCAUGAUCUUCUAUCAUAAAAGGUCUAUGCAGUUUUACGCUUUAUCAGAAAAUGAAAGAUUUCUGAAGAUUUUCAUUACUUUGUGGCAUCGUAAUUCGACCUGACGGAUUUCCUUGCCAAAAUUGCUCAGUGUCUCUGGAAGAUUAAGAGGUAACAUGGUAAGAGGAAACAUCUUUCACCGUGACGGGGAAAACCAGCAACAAAAUUAUUGUGGAACAAGCCUGUCAUAUUAACUUUUCCUCGUUUUACUCGCUGAGAAGUUCUUGCCUCAACAUAUUCAUUUAGAGGCAAACUAUUUUGAAUUUUAGAGGGCACUCGUUUAGUUCGGGAUGUUAUAACGCUCUCUGACGGUGCGAUCAAUAUUUUGAAAUUGGUCAUUCUUCAUGAUUAAUUCAUCUUCUGGUUCGUUGAUGAAUGUUGAUAUUGGAAAUACUAAACAGUUUAGUUCAACAACGAUAAGAGGACAGCAACCGACCUUUAACUCAGUCUUGGACAGCUCAUUGGCGAAACAAACUUUGUUGGGAUUUCUAUUUUUAAAGGUUUUGAAAUUGUUCUCCUCCAAGGUUGUCGUAAUAUGACACUGUUCAUGUGCAUCACGAACAUCACCUACGCCAAAUUUACCCUUGAUUAAUUUCCGUAGAAUCAAAACCAACAAUUCGCGGUUGCAAUAACAAAAAGUCGCUUCAUUGAAAAACAUUGGACACCUCACCGAUCUGAAUAAAUUCAUUUCGUACGAGUGACACUGUUUCAUUUUCAGAACAGCAAACCGAUUCUAUGCUUAGAAAGUUACUGUGAGAAGAAGGUGUAGCAAAGGAGCAAUUAAUGAUUUUAGUCGAUUAGCAUAGCGACUUUCUGUGCAAUUACAUCAUUGAUCAAGGAUGCUAUUCAUGAUUAGCGUUAAACUUCAAGAUAAUUUGAAUAAGGUCAUUUCAUUUCCUCGCCGUUGAGAAGUUGAAUGUAAUUCGUAUUGGAAAGAUUGAUGCACCUUAUUUAUAUUUCAUCGAAACAUUGAUAAGUGAUGAUUACAUUCGUUUGAUUUGGAUAAGCAAAUAUAUACACACCGAGGUUUAAACAAAAGUGAAUAAAAUGGAGAGCACUGUUAGUACUACAAUCCUAAGUCACACUAUGAACCUGACUUCGAUGCCGACUUCGGGAGAUAGUUUCAAGUUCGACGACCGCGCCCAGCGUCUCGUGGUGGCGAUCACAUUCAUCAUCGUAUCCAUACUCGGUACCAUCGGCAACACUUUGGUUAUCAUGGCCGUUGCGAUCUCGAGAAAGCUUCGUACGAUCACGAACGUAUUCGUUGUCAACCUGGCCGUGGCCGAUCUCUUGACGUCGUUGUCAAUCCCCUGGAACGCUGUCGCACUUAUCAGUCAAAAUGGAUGGCCUCUUCAUCCGUAUAUCUGUACAUUAGCAGGUGGCAUCACGUACCUGUGUAUCGUGGCGAGCCUUUAUUCUCUCGCAUCCAUCGCCAUCAACCGGUUCAUUCUUGUCACCAAGAAGCACCGCGUCUACCAGAAGAUCUUCACCAAGCUCAAUCUCGUCAUCUGGAUCAUACUGAUCUGGGUAAUGUCCUUUAUCCUUGUCAUCUUCCUCCCGAUCGUCGACGUCGGCGGUCUCGGAUAUAACGAGAAGUACAGCAUAUGCGGCCAGUCGUCGUCGCACCCGAAGGACGACAUCUACCAACUGGUCCAGGCCAUUGGGUCAUUCCCAAUCCCACUCAUCAUCAUCUGCUACUCCUACAUCAAGAUCUUUCUCCAUGUGAGAAGUCACAUGAAAGUGAUGAGCACACACAUGCCGGAAUCUCACCAAACGGAUAGUACCGUAGUAGAGUCCAUAUCACACACAACAUCGAAUGAAGGUCAUACUGUUAAACCGCAGAACAAUCAUCAGCCUCCAAUUUCUGCAGAGCACCAGGGAAAGUCAAAGAUGUCGUCCCAGCUGAGGGAUAUCUCGGAGAACGGUGGUAGCAAAACCAUCAACGCCAACGGUAACAAAAAGAGCGACGGCAACACCAACACCAAUAACAGCAAAGUAAACAUCACAGCCAGAGAUUCAUCCACCGAACUCAGGUUACGACAGGGACGCAGUCUUAACCGUCGCCAAUUGCAGAUCACUAAAAACAUGUUCGUGGUCGUCUGCGCUUUCUUUUUGUGCAUAGCGCCAUUCACGAUUUGUCUCUUCUUCGACGACAGCGAUCCGUUCGUACCUUAUGCAAGCGCGAUCGUUCUCUGCAAUGCCUGUAUCAACCCGAUCAUCUACGCCACCAAGCACCCGGUGUUCAACACUGUUAUGAAGUUCAUGGUCACCUGCAGAUUAAGAGAUGUCCCAGAGCCAUCAAGGAUGUUGCAUCGACUCACAAUUCGAUAAAAAGAAAACCCUUUUUUUAAUCUUAAAAGGGAACGAACUCAUCAACACUGUGUGUGGACUCUCAUUGAGUGUUAAAUUUUGUCUUUUGAGUAAUAGUAAUACAAAGAAUAAAAAAAAUGAAAAUCCAUAUUUUAUUGUUCGAAAUAGACAUAAAAUGAAAUACUCCGAAAAUUU